CACACACACAUAUUUUAGCCAACAGCUACUGGAAUACAUACAUAUAAACACACCACACACAAAUAAAUAUGGCGAAUGGCAAGGCAAAGCAGAAUCUGAGGAAAUGACAGCAGCAUUCUCAGACGAGAGGACGCCGUACCGCUCGCACAGCACUGAGAUCCUAUUCGAAGCAAAACACCUAUUGUCUCCCUCUUACACACACUGAACCUGACAUUCUCGUGUGGCGCCGCAGAACCGCAGAGAACAACCGCUCGAAAUAUCACGAAAUCGGCUGAAUAGUUUUUCUUCGAGUCGCGUUUGAAGUCGACAUGGAUUUUUUUGGAUGCAAGAACGACAGCGAGAGGCUGACUCCCCUGGAGAAUUCAGAGAAGGAGUUUAUUUCUGGGCAAGCUGAAUCGGAACGCAACGUCAGUUUGGUUGAUGAGCACGGGGACGAGGACGUGCAGAAGAGUACGUCUGGGCUUUCGCCGCUUGUGGAUAUCAUCCGAAAACUGUCAAAACUGUCCAGAACGAAUGAGGCACUCAGUAUGGAUCUAUCCACAGGGACUUCGACAAAACGUAUGCCCGUCAACCGUCAAAUUGAAUAUGAGCCACAGAAUUCGGGCAGCAACAUGGCUGACUUAGGUCAGUUGGGUGGCGAGCAGCCGAAGGAAACUGCGAAUAAUCAGCACCAAUGCGGUUGGCAUUACGUUUUGCAUAUGGAUGGGGAAUCUCCCAAUAUCGACAAGCCGGUACAGUAUGAGUCUCCACUUCCGCACCCAUCGUACCCAUCGUACUUAGGAGUCACCGUUGUUGGCUGGGAGCAAGAAACCACUUUGCCUGCUGGAUAUGAUCUGUCAAGCAUGCAGGAAAUCAAAGAUCCCAACCAUUAG